CGACUGAUGUUGAUAUGACAUGACAUAUUAAGAAUAUUUUGUAUUUGUUUGUUUUCAGUUUUCAUUCAUUGCCAAUAUUUUAUUGCUCAUUUUAAAGUAGCUAUAAAUGCAUCGUUGAGUGAUAUUUGCUUGCAGUCUUAUUAAAUUUGUUGAAGCAGUUUGUGCCUGAUUCUAUGUUUUCAUUUUCUAUUGUAUUUCGAAAUUUGCAAUUCUCAUUUGUUACACAUAGUUAAUUUCAUUCAUUCAUUAACAUUACAGUUCUCUGUUUUAUUGGCACAUAUUUCAAAAAUCAUAUCAUAGGAUAACUUGGUAACUAAUUGCUUUAUGCAUGAUAAUGAUAAAUCGCGUAACUUCUCGUUUAUCAAUGGUGGUCGUAACGAUGUCACGGUAUAAAUCCACAAGAAGCAGUUUUCCUGCCGUGCGCCGAAUUAUUGGAGAAACCGACGUUCAUUUGCGCUAGAAGUUACUCAGAUAAGUCAAGUAAAAACAAGAUAAUGGUCGACCCAAGGCAUGUUGUCAGUUAUGAAGAUAUUCUGAAAGUAAUCCAUAAACCAGAGAAGUUGAUUAUUGAUGUCCGAAACCCAGAAGAAGUGAGCAGUACUGGAAAGAUACCAUCUAGCAUUAACAUUCCAUUGAGCUCAGUGUCUGAUGUCUUGGCCUCAAUGUCUAACGAGGAGUUUCAGAAGCAAUAUCAUAGAACCAAACCAUCAUCUUCUGACGAGCUAAUUUUCUACUGCCAAUCUGGUAGGAGGUCCACUGAAGCCUUAGAUAAAGCAUUAAAGCUAGGGUAUACUAAGUCAAAAACUUAUCUUGGGAGUUGGAAUGACUGGUCCAGUAAAAAUCGAACAUAAAAUCUAAUAUUUUUUAUUGUGAAACAAUAACUGUUUUAUUUAGUAGUUAAUCUUUGUUCAUAUUUUUAAUAAAUUGUUAUGUCAGAA